AUGCAGCAGCAGCAGCAGCAGCAGCGGCGCCCUCCUGUUGCUGCUGGCAGCAGCAGCAGAAGGGCAGCAGCGGUCUCGAGUGGCAACCGCAGCGGUAGCGCCUCUGCAGCAGCAGCAACUCAGCAGCAACAGCAGCAGCAGCAGCGAAGAUCACUGCAGCGCAAAAGGCAGCAAACCUUCCAUGUCUCGGACAUACCAGAGGCUGCACUUGCUGCGUACCCGUCGCUGGCACGCGAGCUGCUGCUGCUGCAGCAGGCAGAAGCAGAAAUAGAAAAGGGGACGGAGCAGCUAACAGCAACCCUGAGAGACACAGUAAACCCCUGUUUAACAGCAAACGCCAAUAGGCAGGCGCUGCCACUGCAGCUGUCUCGUUCGCGGCUGCGGCUUUUUGUUUAUAACACGCACGCAAAUCAACCUGCUGCUGCUGCUGCUGCUGCUGCUGCGGACUUGCAUGCGCCGCACUUCCAGCGGCCCCCGGCGAACCAGCUGCAGCCUCCUGCUGCAGCUGCAGUUGCUGCUGCGGCAGCCGCAGCGGCAGCAGCGCCGCAGCAGCAGCAGCAGCAGCAGCAGCAGCUAAAUGCCCUCCCUCAACCAACACUUACUUCUUUGCUGCACGAGCCGCCGCCUUCUUGGUCUCUCUACAUAAAGGGACAGUCUCUAGACAAACAGGAGAGCAGCAGCAGCUGCUUGUCUUCGUUUUUCGAGAAGAUCCUGGUGCUUUCGGAAGCAGAAAGUGUUGCCUGGCACUGGGGCGGCGGAGGGCCUGUUGAAGAACUUGUAAUUCAGCGCCAAGGCGAUAAACCUCUCAGCCUUCAAAUCCUCCUUUUCAUUCGACACAAACUCCCGGCCUUUGCGCUGUCCCCUCAACUCUCGGCCGUCUGCGGCGGGCAGCGGCAGCUUUCUCUUUGCGCAGUGCUGCGCUGCAUCUUCUCUUAUUGCCUCUCAAGGGGUUUGCUGCUGUCGGGCCCCAGCAGCAGCAGCAGCGGCGGCAGCAGCAGCAGCAGCAGCAAGGUUGCGCCCCGCGAAAUCCGACUCGCGACGGACGAACAGCUCAGAAAGCUUUUCGGCCCCUCUGUUCGCUCUCUCUCUCUUGCUGAUCUCCCGCUGCUGCUGCGGCAGCAUUUGCUGCCGCCGCUGCCAGUUGUUAUAAAGCACAACCUGAAGCUUUCGGGGGAUUGGAUAGAAAGCGAGCAUGCGUAUGACUUUUCUUUGGACUGUAUAGACACCACCUGCGGCAGCAGCAGCAGCAGCAGCAACAGCGCAGCAGCAGCAGCAGGAGCAGCAGCAACUGCUUGCUGCGUCCUUGGCCUCGACAGCUGGCUCUCCGCGUCGCAGCAGCAAAGCGUGUUUCUGCAGCAGCAGCAAAAGCAGCAACUUUCGUUAGAUGCUGAGCUGGAGGCGGUGGAGGGCCACUUGGCUUUGCUGCUGCAGCAAAUUUGCUGCCGCGUUUCCCACAUGAAGAUAUACAGCUCUUUGGCAGAAGACCCUAAGCAGUGGCGCUUCCGCGUCCUCCUCGCCAGCCGUCUGGUGCCUUUUAUUUGA